GAUCUGAUCAUCUCGUUUCCAUACUGCGCGUCCUGGAGUCAUUACGCUCUUUUGCCGGUCUCAGAGAUAUUAACGGCCUGUGGCGUCAUCCUCGAUCUGUAGUUCCUGCAGACGUGCAUAUACCUGCUACAGAUGGUAGCACGCGCAAAGAUGCAGUCUUCUGCGAAGAAGUUCUUUCUCGCAGUAUUUCUGCUGACUGUCCCAGCUCAUGGCGCUGCGGACAAGCCGAAGGAAUCGUCGCCAUUUGCGCCGAACCUCUGCGCUAUUGACGCCAAAUCCACCGUUUCCGAUACCUGCGCAUCCUAUGCAACAAUUGACUCGCUCAACGAUGAAAUUCACCCUCUCCUCAAAUCCGUGACUCGUGACAACGACUUCUUCUCAUACUGGCGACUAAACCUAUACAAUAAAGCAUGCCCAUUUUGGAAUGACGAGACUAGCAUGUGUGGAAAUAUUGCAUGUGCGGUAAAUACAAUCGAUUCCGAAGAGGACUUACCACCGGUAUGGCGAAUUGAGGAACUCAGUAAACUCGAAGGACCCCGUGCCCAUCAUCCCGGACGACAACAGCAAAAAGAGCGCCCUAGCGAGAGACCUUUACAAGGCAGUCUGGGUGAUAAUGUCGGCGAAAGCUGUGUUUUAGAAUAUGAUGACGAAUGUGACGAACGAGAUUACUGUGUUCCCGAAGAUGAGGGAGCUUCGGCGAAAGGUGACUAUGUCAGUUUACUGGAUAAUCCCGAGAGAUUCACGGGUUAUGCUGGCCAAGGCUCGCAUCAAGUUUGGGAUGCGAUUUAUCGCGAGAAUUGCUUUGUAAAGCCAUCAUCUUCCCCAUCCUCGCAAUUGUCUCCUCUGCAGGGUCUGCAAGUUCAGGCUGCCAAUGAUUUCCGAAAUGUCCUUCAAAGAGAACAGCCACAACCAGAGCCGGAUGACGAGUGCCUUGAGAAGCGAGUAUUUUAUCGCGUGGUUAGCGGAAUGCAUGCCUCGAUAUCAACUCAUCUCUGCUGGGAAUAUUUCAACAGCACUACAAACGAAUGGGCCCCGAACGUGCAAUGCUACAAAGAUCGUUUGCACAACCAUCCAGAACGUAUCUCGAAUCUAUAUUUUAAUUAUGCUCUCGUCUCACGCGCUGUUGCCAAGUUGCACAAUUACUUGCAAAAGUACAAGUUCUGUUCCUUUGACCCUGAUCAGGACCUAGCCACCAAGCAGAAGCUACUAGCACUUACGGAGAAACUGCACAGCCGUCCACAGAUUUUCGACGAAAAUUUCAUGUUCCAAGAUGAAUAUGCAAUGGAUCUCAAGGAGGACUUCCGCCAGCGUUUCCGUAACGUUAGUCGUCUUAUGGACUGCGUUGGAUGCGACAAAUGCCGCUUAUGGGGCAAACUGCAGGUCAACGGAUACGGAACUGCUCUAAAGGUGCUGUUUGACUACGACGAGAAUGAUGAGGUCGACAACCCGCCUUUGCGACGCACCGAAUUGGUCGCCCUUAUGAACACAUACGCUCGCAUUUCAAAUAGUAUCGCUGCUGUGCAUAGUUUCCGAGAAGCUGUUGAAUCCGGUCAUGAAGAUCGUAUCGUGAUUCAUCCGGAAGUCUCAUCAUCACCCCUCCCUGCCAAACUUCGUGAAUCCGAGAAAGUGGUUCGGUACUACAAGGACGGUAUUUCCAACUUGCAUAUCGUGGAUGAAGAUCACGAUUAUGGCUACGAGGACGAGGAGCUUCCAUGGAAAAAAAGGACCGGGGAAGCCGAGUCGAUUUCGGAAGCGUUUAUGCAAGAAUGGACGGCAUUCCGAGAUACAUUUGUUUGGGUCAUUAGGAGUUGGUUGACCAUACCCCGUAUCGCAUGGCAAGUGGUUGUUUUUGAAUCCAGCCGAUUAUGGAACUACUGGCUGGGCCUGCCAGUUCCACCCCGACAGUGGAAGAUCCAGAUCCCCCGUCCGCCGCGGCAUGACGAGUUGUAAUUUGUGCCAGAAUUUUUCGCAUAGAUUUAUUGGCGUUUAUUGGGAUAGAUUGUUUGCAUAGCGAGUUGUACAGCUAAUAGUUCACGAUAAUUGAGUAUUAGCCUUGUCUUAGGGUUAUUAUAUCAUUCAGAUAUCAUCGCAUGUGAUUGCACUGUCCAUA